CUCCUCCCCGCGGCCGCCGGCCCCGCGGCAGCCCCCGGCACAUGGGCCGCGGCUCCGGCGGCGCGGAGCUGGGCAUGGCCGUGCCGCCCGGCCGCUGCCCCGACUGCCCGGGGCCGGAGCCGGGGGGCGGCGGCGGGGAGAGCCCCGCCGUGCCCCACCUCGGCAUUGCGGUGGACGAGGGGGACGUGCUGCCCGGAGCGCUGCGGCUCAUGCGGGAGCUGAGACCCGGCUGGGAGCCGGCCAGGGUGAAGACCAAGCUCUUCACCGACGGCAUCACCAACAAGCUCGUGGCCUGCUACACGGAUGAGGGCAUGGCGGACGCGGUGCUGGUCCGCGUCUAUGGCAGGAAGACGGAGCUGUUUGUGGACCGGGAGACGGAGCUGAGGAACUUCCAGGUGCUGCGUGCCCACGGCUGCGCCCCCGACCUCUACUGCGCCUUCCAGAACGGGCUCUGCUACCAGUUCCUGCCGGGCAUCGCGCUGGGGCCCCACCACGUGCGGGACCCCCACAUCUUCAGGCUGGUGGCCCAGGAGAUGGCCCGGGUACACGCCAUCCACGCCAACGGGAGCCUCCCCAAGCCCAUCCUCUGGCAGAAGCUGCACAAAUACCUCACCCUCGUGAAGACGGAUCUCAGCCCAAAGGUAUCCAACCCCAGCCUCCAGCAGGACGUGCCCAGCCUGGAGAUGCUCGAACACGAGCUGGCCUGGAUGAAGGAAACGCUCUCUCAGCUGGGGUCCCCCAUCGUCCUUUGCCACAACGACCUGCUCUGCAAGAACAUCAUCUACGACGGGACGCGAGAGCACGUGCGCUUCAUAGACUACGAGUACACCGGCUACAACUACCAGGCUUUCGACAUCGGAAACCACUUUAACGAGUUUGCGGGCGUGAAGGAGGUGGAUUACCGCCUCUACCCCAGCAAGGAGACCCAGCUGCAGUGGCUGCGCUCCUACCUGCAGGCCUACAAGCAGCUCACCCAGGGGGACGGCGGAGGCGCGGGGGUGUCCGAGGAGGAGCUGGAGGCUCUCUACGUGCAAGUGAACAAGUUUUCUUUGGCAUCCCAUUUCCUCUGGGCAUGCUGGGGCCUGAUCCAGGAUAAAUACUCUACCAUAGACUUUAACUUCUUAAGAUAUGCAAAGCUAAGGUUUAAACAGUACUUCAAGAUGAAGCCGGUGGUCACAGCCCUGCAGAUUUCUAAAUAGCAUCUCCGGCCCGAGAGACCCUGAGCUAUUUUGUCCUUGCUGCGUCCACAGCCCUCGCAUCCCCCUCGCCCCUUCCCCGCCCCAGCCGGGGGCGAGGGCAGGUCCUGAUGGUGGGAAGGGGGAGAGGAGAUCCGUCCCAGCCACCGGCCAAAGGAGACCCUGGACAUACCUGAGACUGGACCAUGAGAUGCUCGAGAGGACCACGGCCUCGGAGAGGCCCCUGCCGACGCGAGGAAGCCUCACCAUCGCCUUAACGCCGAGUCCCGGCUCGGCCCCGGUGCCCAGCAGGUCGGUGCUUUGCUGGCACUGCUGCUGCUCGGCCUGGCACCCGGAUUGCUCCCUCUGUGCUGUCCCCGAGGGGGAAAACGGGUGCCACCAUCUGCCCAGGAGCCCCCAGAGCUGCCCAGCUGCUUUACCUGCCCAAUGCACACGCUGUGCCCGUUGCCUUUGCUGCUCCCUCCCUCCCCUCUUGCCUUGCCCGCUGGGGCUCCCACCCCCAAACCAGCACCUUUCGUGGGUCAGUAUCGAUGCCGGGCUUGGGGCUGUGUCUGGGCAUGGGACCCUUUUCCACGAGGCGUGGGUGCUGCUGUGCUCCAUCUUGCAUGGUGCAAAGCAUCAAGGGGAGGCAAUAGCCAUGAGCCACGUGGGCUUGGAAUUAGCAAGCUUUUGCCGAUGGGCACUGGGUGCCUGCGCCUCCUGCUCAGCCCACAGCUGGCUCUGCUUUUCCCCACGGACACGGUCUCCCAGACUCCCAUUAGCUCCCUGCUCCCGUCAUGGCUUCCCUCGUAGCAUCCCACGCUGCCAGAGCACGGGGGUCCCAGCUCUGUCUCCCCCAUGGCCAGGGGGUCGGUCCUGUCCCCAACAUGGGCACCGUCCCUGUGCUCCUCUCGUGGCUGUGUCCCUGCGUGGGACCCCCUGACCGGAGGCUGAACGGAGCCAACCUGCUCCAUGACCUGGGCACAGCUUCAUCCCCUCUCAGCACUCGGCUGCUCCCCCACAACAGGCUCUGCAAGGGUGAGCCUGGCCCGCUGAGCACUGGCCAGCUCAUGACAGCGCUUGUGGGGGUGGAAUCGGACCCCUCUGCCCCUGCCUUGGCUGCUUGGCGAGGGGUAUGGGGACAAGGCGGCUGUCCCUGUCCCCUCCGCAGGGGCACAGGAACCUGCCCCAGCAAGAACCGGGACUCGUUGCAUCUGGUGUUCGUUU